AUGGCCGACCCAGAAAUCGACAAUCUCAAUUCUGACCAAAACAUUGGCGAUAAUAUAUUCGUUACAACAAUGGAUCAUCCAGAGUCGGUUGCUAGCAAUGUUUACGAAACGCCAAAUGGGACUAGGUACUGGACACCCAUUGUCCCCCAUGGAGUCAAACCUUUUUUGAAAGCUAGAUUUACUACGAUUGAACAAGCAGUUGCAAUGUACGAUGAGUACGCACAACUUGCAGGAUUUGGAACCCGUUUGGGUACUUCGAAAAAAGUAAAAAUAGGCAACGAGGUAAUUACGACUCGGCGAUACGUUUUAUGCUCUAGGGCGCCAGUGAAUAAACAUAAACAUAAAGAAACUAACCCUGAUGAUAUUGACUCAACUUCACCAUCGCGUCGUUCCAAUGUUAAAGUUACAGAUUGUAAGGCAUGUGUGAAGUUUCGUCGUAUAAAAAAGUCAACUGAUUAUGAAAUCUAUGGUUUUGUUGAACAACACAACCAUGGGUUUACCUCUCCCGAGAAUCUUGACUUAUCACUAAAGCAAAGAAAGCUUGAUUUUUCUACACAAGAGUUCAUAGCAAAGUGCCGCAAUGCUAAUCUUGGCCCUACCAAAUCCCACAAGGUACAUGUUGCAAUAAAAGGUGGUCACCAUAAUGUUCACAGUACCAUUGUGGACUACAAAAAUUGUGGCCGUGACAUUCGAGAUUUUAUUGGCGAUAGAGACGCGCAAAUGAUAAUUGACAAGUUCAAAGCUCGAAGCGAAAAUAAAGUUAAUUACACUUUCGAUACCCAUAUUGAUGAUAUGGAACUUCAUUUAAUUUUUUGGUGUGAUGGCGUUUCUAAACUAAACUACGAAGCGUUCGGUGAUGUUUUGCCGUUCGACGCAACGUAUCAUACAAAUAUGUACGAUAUGAUUUUUGUGCCUUUCACGGGAGUUGACCAUCAUAAAAAGUGCACAAUAUUUGGGGCUGGGUUGUUACAUAAUGAGACUAUUGAAUCAUACACAUGGCUACUCCAAAAAUUUCUUCAAGCACACAAUGGAAAACAACCACUCUUGAUAUUAACUGAUCAGGAUUGUGCUAUGAAACAAGCUGUCGCCAACGUAUUUGACAAGUCCAUCCACAAACUAUGUAUGUGGCACAUUAUUCAAAAGUUUCCAGCAAAGAUCAAGGGUAACGACAAAAGGAACGCGGAAAUCAAGAAAAAAUUCCACAAACUUGAAUGGAAUGUUUACAUCAAACCAGAAACCUUUGAAAAGAGAUGGCAUUUACUUAUUGCUGAGUACGGUUUGGAAGAGCAUUCUUGGUUGACUGAGAUGUAUUCGAUUCGUGAACAGUGGAUCCCAGGAUAUUUUCGUGAAAUACCUAUGUGUACGUUAAUGAAGACCACUUCUAGGUGCGAAAGCGCUAACCAUUUGUUCAAAUCAAACUCUAGUCCACACAAUACGUUGGUCACGUUUAACAAAGAAGAUCUAUCAGUUACCUGCAAGUGUAUGGGUUUCACCCGAAAUGGAUAUCUAUGUCGUCAUGUGUUCUGCGUACUUGGCCAUCAUAACGUACAUAAGAUUCCAACACAAUAUAUUCACCCAAGAUGGAGGAGAGAUGCUAUUCCUAGCAGUGUGUAUAGCCUUGAGAACAGGUUAUCUAUUGAACAAAGCAGUAGCGGAAGAUUAUGGCGCAACAUAUUAGAUAAUUUGGAAAUGUGUAGAGACAGAGUGAGAGGCAAGAUUGAUAAAUUAGAGGAACUCGAUGCUCAAGUACAGGCAUUAAAAGAUAAGAUCUUUGCAGAAGUUCCAUAUGAUCCGGAAGUUAAUAAGAAGGUUGUCGUCUACCAAGAAAUUCUUUUGCAUGCCAUACCAGAGGAGCUCUCGUGUACUGCACCGAAGAAAAUCCGUAACAAAGGCUGUGGAAAGCAUAAACGACCGGUUGGCUCAAAGGAAAUAGCAAUAAAGAAAUUAAAAAAAAAAAGAGAAGAAAAUGUAGUGUUUGUGGGAAACGGGUAA